UACGAUGGCUACUAGAAUUUGCAGACAGUUUGUCCGUACCACUGUUAACUUUGUUUCUAGGAAAAAGCACGUUUUAAGAAUUGAUCAAGCACUGGAAAGUAAAUUUCUACCCAAAUACAAUAUAAAAGGCUUAAAUUUCAACAAGUGGGGGUUAUAUUUAGUCCGAUAUAUCGGUGCUAGGAGUAGGGGCAGAUUAAAACACGUGUUUGGGACCGGUUCUCUUCUAUGUGUUGUCGCAUACUGUUAUAAUGGAUCAAGAAAUAGUGCAGCUCAACUUCUUUCAAGUGCAAGGAGGAAAGAUUAUACAGAGGUGGAAAGGCUCAUAAAAAGUGGGAUGGAUGUUAAUUCCAGGCAUCAGCUGGGGUGGACAGCACUACAUGUGGCAUCUAUCAAUCAUGACUCUAGACUUGUGGAAUUACUGUUAAAGUUUGGAGCUGAUCCAAACCUCGGAGAUGAAUAUUCUACAUUCUAUUCAAUGGCCAGAGAACAUAGAUUUGAUCCUAUGAGUGUGUUGGAGGUCAGGGAAGAACAGUUCAAUGACCGCCUCAGUCAGAGAGCCAACUUUAAAGGCUGCACACCUUUACAUUAUGCUGUCCUCAUGGAGGAUUUCGCUAUUGUAAAAAUGCUGCUAGAUGCAGGAGCAGAUCCAACUCUUGAAAAUGUUAAUGGCCACAAACCGAUAGACUACACCAAAAACCAAUCACUGCAAAACCUUCUUAGAAAUGCAGAGAGCAAGUUUUUGGAAUUGAAAGAGAAGAGGGCUGCAGAAGAGAGAAGAAAGUUCCCCCUAGAACAGAGAUUGAGGGAGCACAUCAUAGGGCAGGAUGGGGCCAUUAAUAUUGUAGCUGCUGCAAUAAGACGUAAGGAGAAUGGCUGGUAUGAUGAAGACCAUCCCCUGGUCUUUCUUUUUCUGGGAUCCUCUGGAAUUGGUAAAACAGAGCUUGCCAAGCAGGUCGCCAAGUAUCUUCAUAAAGACAUCAAAAAGGGCUUUAUAAGAAUUGAUAUGUCAGAGUACCAGGAGAAACAUGAGGUGGCUAAAUUUAUUGGCUCUCCCCCAGGAUAUGUUGGUCACGAGGACGGGGGACAACUCACCAAGAAAUUAACAGAGUGUCCACAGGCAGUUGUUCUGUUUGAUGAAGUGGAAAAGGCACACCCAGACGUUCUGACCAUCAUGUUACAACUGUUUGAUGAGGGUCGACUGACAGAUGGUAAAGGUAAAACUAUUGACUGUAAGGACGCUAUUUUUAUCAUGACCUCUAACCUGGCCAGUGAGGUCAUCGCCAGUCAUGCAUUACAACUACGAGCAGAAGCAGCGGAAUACAAUAAACGGAAAGAUGCAGAGACCCUGGAGGAAUUGGAGGCUGCGGAGAAAAUUACUAUAUCUAGAAAAUUUAAAGAUGAUGUUGUUCGACCAAUUCUGAAGAUGGCGUUCAAGAGAGAUGAGUUUUUAGGGAGAAUCAAUGAGAUUGUCUAUUUCUUACCAUUUUCCCGAUCAGAAUUGAGUAAACUAGUCACUAAAGAACUACAGUACUGGGCCGACCAGGCAGAAAAGAAACACGACAUAAAGUUAUUAUGGGACCACAAUGUAGUGGAUGUAUUGGCUGAUGGAUAUGAUGUCCAUUAUGGAGCCCGCUCUAUUAAAUAUGAGGUUGAGAGGCGCGUGGUGACCCAGUUAGCAAUGGCUCACGAGAGACAGCUGAUUGGAAAGGGGUGUGUGAUUCGAUUGUCAGCCUCUAAUGCAGAAGAUCUGACAAAAACUGACAAAUCAACAGAGGAUCCCCCUACGAUUAAAUUACAGCUGUUACAAAAAGGAAAGGGAGAUAAAUAUGUAGACAUUAACCUAAAAGGGGGAGAUAAUCCAUUCACAGAGGGAUUCAAAUGAGACAGUUGUAUAUGACAUAGGGCUUUUACACCCAAUUAAGUGUGCUUGUUUCUUUAUUUGUCUUUAUAGUGUGCCUCAAAUAUCUUAUGUAUAUGUUUUUUUUCUCUGGGAAAAAAACAUUUGAAUAAAUGUGUUAUGUCACAUUUUCUACAAGAUGAAUGUUGAAAUUAGUUUAAAAAAUAUUUUGCAGUAUGGGCAUGUCUACACUUUUAUAACAUAAAUGAUAGUGUUGUCAAAUUAGACAAUUUUUAGUAUCCAGUUACUUGCUUAUUUUCUGAUCGGUGGUUUUCAUUUAACCUCAACAUCCUUGCCAAGGAAAAAAUUGAUUAGUAACUGUAAUAUAUGUAAAUUCUUUAAAAUUUAUAUAGAUGUUUUUUUUCUUUUAAAAACUUGGCAAUCAAAAUAAGUCAUUAGAUAAACUGUGAGAAACCAAUCAAAUUAAAUCAAUGGUUUUUAUGAAACCCAAAGUCAAGACAAAUGGUAAAUGAAAUUUGCAACACACAUAAGUUUACAUUUAAUACAAAAUAAGAAAAUCUUUGUUUCCCUUAUUUACUUUGUAAAAUAUCUAGAUAUCUGAGUAACAGAGUAGCAUAUUUACUAAUCAAUACUCACAUUAUUGGACGGUUAGCCGGUUACUCGAUGACAACACUAAUAAA